GAGAAGUAACAAUGGCUUCAUCUGCAACCUAUUCUCUCCUUCUUCUUAUCAGCUUCUUCACACUUGCUUCCAUGGCUGUGGCUCGUUCUGGACUGAGUCAAAUUGGACAAGAUAUAUUGGCUCAACAAGAAGCAGACCGAGUCAUCAGACUUCCUGGGCAACCUGAAGUGAGCUUCAAACAAUAUGCUGGGUAUGUUACCGUUAAUGAAAGCCAUGGGAGAGCACUGUUCUAUUGGUUCUUUGAAGCAGUCAAUAAAACAGAGAAGCAACCUCUCCUUCUGUGGCUUAAUGGAGGUCCAGGAUGUUCUUCUAUUGGGUAUGGAGAAGCAGAGGAACUUGGGCCAUUCCUGAUACAAAAGGGAGUCCCAGAGCUCAGAUUUAACAACUACUCAUGGAACAAAGCGGCCAACUUAUUAUUUGUGGAAUCUCCAGUCGGGGUUGGGUUUUCUUAUACAAAUACAAGCAAUGACAUCAACGAACUAGGGGAUACAAUCACUGCCAAGGAUUCUUAUACUUUUCUCGUCAACUGGUUCGAAAGAUUUCCACAAUACAAAUCUCAUGAUUUUUAUAUUUCUGGUGAAAGCUAUGCAGGGCACUAUGUUCCUGAGCUUGCCGAAGUGAUCUUUGAUACCAAUAAAAAUGUUUCAAAGGAAGAAUACAUUAAUUUCAAGGGUUUCAUGAUUGGAAAUUCAUUAUUGGACGAUGAUACCGACCAGACUGGAAUGAUCGAUUAUGCUUGGGACCAUGCCGUGAUUUCUGAUCGAGUUUAUAAUGACAUUAAGCAGAAUUGUAACUUCAGUGUUGAAGAAUUGACAAAAAAAUGCAAUGAUGCCCUUAAUGAAUACUUUGAUGUAUACAAUAUUAUUGAUAUGUAUAGCUUAUACACUCCUACAUGCGUUGACACUAAUGUGACCGUAAGAAUACAACAAAAGAUCAAAGGUGUCGCUCCGAAAUCAUUCUCAAAAUUUGAUCGGUGGCAUAGAAGACCAGCUGGUUAUGACCCGUGUGUGUCUGAUUACUCCGAGGUUUACUUUAAUCGACAAGAUGUUCAAAAAGCUCUCCAUGCUAAUGUCACAAAUAUUCCAUAUCCAUGGACUCAUUGCAGUAACAACAUCACGUUUUGGAAUGAUGCACCUUCUUCCAUGCUCCCAAUCAUUAGAAAACUUAUUGAUGGAGGCCUCCGUGUUUGGGUUUACAGUGGAGAUACAGAUGGUAGAAUCCCAGUAACCGCAACGAGAUAUACAUUGAGGAAACUUGGGUUGAAUAUCACAAAGGAUUGGUCUCCUUGGUAUACAAACCAUGAACAG